AUGAGUGUUAGCGUCGACGACGUUUCCAACCUUUUAUCGGGAGGGCAGGGGACGGUUUGCAACGAGGGAACUUCUUCAGAAAAACAAGACACUAAGAAUGAUCAAGUUGAGGCAGGUCAGGAAAAAUUGGAACCAUCUAGUCCUAAGCCUCAUCCAAUGGCCUUUACCGUCGACUUUGGCGAGAGCAAAACGUUUGAUAAUCGUAGACUCGAGGAGCUAGCGAAGAAAUCGCAAGCGCGACACCAGAGGGUGCAAUCGAUGUCAACUGGUUCAACUAGGCGAAGUCCGACGGCUCAGCGGCCUCCUAUGAGCGUAAAGCUCCCCAGAAAAGCUCAAGGAUACAAUUCGGAAGGUUAUUUCUCCUCCGAUCAGGAAGAUAGUGGAGUGUCCAACUCAGUUAAAGUUAGAAGCAAUCCCCUUGCGCAAAAUGUCGAAAAGACGCACGUAACUAGCCCAAUUAUUAGCAGGCAGGUAAAAUCACCAAUAGUAGACCAAAUGCUUCAAAAGAAACAAUCAAAGAGCCCAAUUGUGGAUAGUAUAAUGUCCCGAAGUGAAAACUUCACUACCCGUCAAUCUUUAAAUCUGCCUUUGAAUCCCACUACCACCUAUAAUCCAAGUGGCAUCCAUAAAACACCUAGCUAUGGCAUUCUAAGUUGUCAGAAACAUAUGGCAGAUAUUGUUGAUAUGAGUCCUGAAGGUUUAAUGCUUACUGAUAUAUCUAGUCCGGAAUUGGAUAUUCUAACCCCUGAUAAUGGUUUGUCAACACCUGAACCAUCAAAAAGUCCUUUAGUCCGUAAAGUUAGGGCCAUGUCUGAAACACCAGACUUAUUAUUUAAAAAGUGUCCACCGAAACCUCAAACUUUGUUCAUUGAUGAUGAUGUAGAUAGACAGUCCAAUAAUUCUUCAACUGGCACUUACACAAUUGAAGGAGAUAAUUAUACUGAAGAGCAAAAAGCUCGAAUGAGUAUAGAUAGGUCUUUCGGUGCUGAUUUACUUAAGGAAGCAAUAGAUAAAUCAUUAAACAAACGAUCUAAUGUUGAAAGAGAUCCUGAGCUUGUUUUUGACUUCCCAAAUCCACAAAGGGUAAUCACAAAGGAACCUAGACGAGAUACUGGGCUUAGAAGUCCUCUAGCCAUUCACUCUGCGUUAGAAAUUUCAAAUAAAGUGUCAAAAGAUAAAAAUGUUCUGGAAAUUUCCUGCUGUUAUGAAUCUCCCACGGAGAAUGACUUGGCAGCACAGACAUCUAAACAGAUAAAGUCUACAAGGAGUUAUUUAGAGAAAAUUAAAAAUAGGGUUCGCACUAUCACUGAGAAAACAUUUCCAAAAUCCCCGCCAAAGCAUGAUGAAGAAGUUGAUGUAGGCAGUUUCACAUCAGUCACAACCUCCGGAGUGCUCAGUAUGAAAUACCCUGUGAAAAUUGAAAUGCCCAUCCGGAGACGUUGUAGUCUCACUAAAUCUGAAAUAGACCAGACUGACUAUGUUCAUAGGUUAUCUAGAGAGUCUUCUGUCCCAGUUUCAUUGCCCAGUAGCAAGGGCUUGACUUUUGAGGAUGCUACAUUUGAAAGCACGGCUCUCAAAAAUGCACAGAAAGCUUUAAGAGAUGACAGUGGAGUUUCAUCUGACAUAACUCCGGAUCAAGUUGUAGGAAAGUUGUCGUAUUUGAGUCUUAAUCGGUGCAAAGGUGACAAGACCUGGAUUCAGGACUGGGCUGAAAGUGUCAAGAAAUACAAUAACAAUACCUUGGGAAAGGAAUCAGACCUGACCAGCUCUUAUUCUGACAGACCACCACUCAGCCCUCGUCAUUUACCAGGGAAACCCCGGAGCCCGCAUGGCGGCACACCUACUAAGAUACCAAGCCCUGUUGGCACCCUACUUCAUAGGCGAACACCGGAUUUAAUACCGCCACAAGACACGGAAUCCUACUUGCUAAAGACACAAAACGCCAUCACCAACCUGCAAGCGAAGCUGCAAUCAUCCAGGGCGACCAACUUCUCGAACAUUCCGUCCCAGCUCACCUCCAGCCUUAUUAGCGAUAAGACAGCAGUAUCACGGCUUCCUCUGUUCCAGUUAAGCAGGUCAAACUCCUUGAACUAUCGGCUCAGACGGAAAGACAACUCUGGCGAUAGCAGUCCUCUUAGGAGUCCAAAUCAUUAUGUCAUCACCGGUUCUAGCAAAGUACCGGAAAGCACUAAAAUACUCAUUAAUAGCGCCACCAGGUCACUGGAGACGGACAGAAGGCACGAUUCCAACAUGAACAGCCCAUCAUCAGAGAGAGGGCUAUGCAGUAACAGUUCUGAUGAUAAAACGUUGUCCAACAAACCACAGUACAAAGGCUCACCACACCGACAAUCACACUCACGGUACAAAGGCUUCGACGGAAAGCAUCCGAACGAAGUGUAUACAGAUUUCAAUAAUGCAAACCCAGCGGUGUGCCUUAAGGUAGUCCUCAAGAAUAACGCGUUAGACGCGAAAUCUUACAGCCGAAUCGACCAAACGCGUCACCAUAGCGACGCCAAGAAGGCCCAUCAACGCGUCUUCAGCGAUGGCAGCAAGCAAUUCAAACCCGUCCACACAAGCAACAACGCCGCUUUUGGCAUGUCAAUUAAACGCUCCAGCUCGUUCAACACGGUCAACAGAAAUAAUAAUUAUAUGGAUGUCGGGAGAAUCGUGUCGAGGCGAUCGAGUGGACAUUCGGAGGAGUACAAGGAUUAUUAUCUGUCAGACGAAUCCGACAAUGGGUCCUUCGAUAAAUCACAAGAUUUGAGAUAUAAGAGGACUACUCAUAGAGGCAGAAUCGACUCGCCCGAUCUGAAAUCUGUUGCCCCUGCCAAUUCACCUAGAUGCCCCAAUACCCCUGAAAUGCAGCGUAAAUUCGGGCCAGGUUUGGUCAGAAAUACAAGCAGAGUGAGUAAUAAAGAUCGUAACGUAAAUACCAGGAUGUCUGAACCGCCAGUGUCGAAGGAAGAGAGAACAAAACCGGUCAAUCAUCAGAGCAGAAGGAUAUCAGAUCAAUCUAGACAGGCAGUUCUGAGCAGGCUGACUAAGUCUAGGUCUUCAACGAGGGAGACGAAGCCUAAAGUUCAGGAUAAAGGUCAAAAGAAACCAAGCCAGCAUCGGUCCUCAUCCGCGCUGGCCUCUAAAGAAGUAGAGUUCUCCAAUUGGAAGAAGAGGUCGUCUUACGACCCCAUGAAGGCAGCACAAGAGGGGAAAAGGAGACAGCUGAUGGCAAGACGGCAGGAGUGUAAUAAGGAUGACCUUAGUUCCCCCAG